AUGAGUGAAUAUCCAAAUAAAGAUAGUAUACCAACAAAUGAAAAAGUACUAAAUGGAGAAGGUAGUAAUAACUUUUCAUCAACAGCAACACCACAAACAUCACAUUUUCAAACUAUAAAUCCUAUUAAUUCAUUGAAAUAUGAAAAUAAAGAAAAACAAACUGACUUUGUAUCAAAUGCUGAUAUUGAUGAGAAUUUAUCAAAUUUUGAACAAGAGAAGGUGCAAAGAGGUUUGAAGAGUAGACAUAUCUCAAUGAUUACUUUGGGAGGAACAAUUGGAACUGGUUUGUUCAUUAGUACUGGAAAUAUGAUUAGUACUUCAGGACCAAUACUAAGUUUGAUAUCCUUUGUAUUUUUUACAACCAUAGCUUGGAGUGUCACUGCUUCGCUUGGUGAAAUGGCUACGUAUGCGCCCCUUUCAUCUUCGUUUACACAAUUUGCUGCAAGAUGGAUAAGCAAGUCUAAUGCUUCUGCGUUAGGCUAUCUCUACUGGUUCUCCUGGCUGUUGACCUACGCGUUAGAGCUCUCAGUUGUUGGAGAAGUCAUUGAAUUUUGGACAGACGCAGUUCCUUUGGCAGCUUGGAUAUCAAUUUUUUUUGUUAUCAUUCCUAUUUUCAAUUUUUUCCCAGUUAAAUUUUAUGGAGAAUUUGAAUUUUGGAUAGCUUCAAUUAAAGUAAUCGCAGUUUUCGGAUGGAUUAUUUAUGCGCUUUGUAUGGUAUGUGGUGCUGGAAAGCAAGGUCCUGUUGGUUUCAGAUAUUGGAGGAACGGUUAUGGUUGGGGUCCCUCAGAUAUGGUUUCUGAUGUAGGAACAUCAAGAUUUUUAGGAUGGGUGUCAUCUUUAAUUAGUGCUGCUUUUACUUUUCAAGGAACAGAAUUAGUAGGUAUCACUGCUGGAGAAGCUGAUAAUCCAAGAAGAGCUGUGCCAAGUGCUAUCAGAAAGGUAUUGUUUAGAGUAUUAAUAUUUUAUGUUUUGAGUAUGUUCUUUAUGGGUUUGUUAGUUCCAUAUAAUGAUCCUAGAUUAAGUGGUGGAUCAUACACUUCAAAUUCACCAUUUAUUGUUGCCAUGAUUAAUUCUGGAACUAAUGUAUUACCUCAUAUUUUCAAUGCUGUUAUUUUAACUACUAUUAUAUCAGCUGCUAAUUCAAAUGUUUAUGUUGGUUCAAGAAUUCUUUAUGGUUUAGCUGAAGCAGGGGUAGGACCAAAAUUUUUUAUGAAAGUUAAUCGUGGAGGUGUACCUUUUAUAUCAGUUAUAAUAACAGCUGCUUUUGGUGCUUUGGGUUAUUUAGCAGUUUCAAAAAAUGGUCAAAAUGCUUUUAAUUGGUUAUUGAAUAUUACAGCAGCUGCAGGAUUAAUAUGUUGGGGUUUUAUUUCAGUAACACAUAUUAGAUUCAUAAAAGUUUUGAAAAGUAGAGGUAUUAGCAGAGAUUCAUUACCAUACAAAGCAUCGUUAAUGCCUUAUGCUGCUAUUUAUGCAUGUUUUUUUAUUUUUUUGAUUACACUUAUUCAAGGAUAUGCUUCAUUCGUCAAUAGUUUUAGUGUUACUGAUUUUUUUACUGCAUAUAUUUCAGUUAUUUUAUUCGUGGUAUUAUGGAUUGGCUUUCAAAUUUACUUUCAUGGGUUUAGUACUAAAUGGGGUGAUUAUUUGAUUCCAUUAGAUGAUUGUGAUAUUGAUACAGGAGUCAGAGAAAUUGAUGAAUUGGAAUAUGAAUAUAAACCACCAUCUAAUUUAUGGGAAAAAUUUUGGGAUUUUGUUGCGUAA